AUGAAGUGGAGCAAAGCUGAGCAAGAGCAGCCAGAGUUAUCAUGCGCCCUUCCCCCUUGGGCCAUUGGCCAUGGGAUGUUGAGCAAUGACAUGAAUGUGGAUGGAGGUGGAUGUGAUGAGGCAUCUGGCAGCAGCUGGGUUAUUGGUGCUUUGCUCGCAGAGUUCUCUGCCGUGCUCACAACGCUGGGCUAUGUCUUCACACGCAGGGCUUUCACAUCAAGAGGAAGGAAGGAAGCACAAGGCCCCGAGAAGCGGCCUGGAGAAGAAAGAAAAGGUCGUCCGCGGAUGUCGCCCUGGGCCGCAGAGCGGGAUGCGCGGAGUUACAGCCAUGCCAAUAUCGAAGGCCACGAAGAUGAGGAGGAAGCCAAGAAGAGUCCGGAAAAGCCGGAACUGCCUGAGCAGAGCCUGAGGCAGACGGUCCUGACUUUUAAAGAAGCCUUUCUGACCUCAGAUCUGUGGUGGAGCUUCAUUUUUCGAGGAGUCGGUGUGAUCCUUUGGUGGCAAGCCGGCUGUAUGGCGCCAGUGACCACUGUCGCCCCUCUGUUCCUCCUGGUCUCGCUAUUUUCCAACAUGGUUUGUGGUCCUGCCCUACUUCAAGAGCAAUAUCGUAGCAGAGAGGUGUAUUUGAGCAUGUCAAUGCUACUGAUGGUCUCUGUUGGUGCUUAUAUGGAAUCCAAUAUCAUCAAAAAUACUUCUCCUGAUCCAAAACAAUCCAUUUGGGUGGUGAAUUUGCAUCACCUGCAGAAUGGAGAACUUUUUGCUGUUGCAAGUUGCGCGGGCCUGUUGUUUGUGGCAUUUGCGUACUACAGUUGCACUGUGUACAGCCACUUCACACAUCGAAAUCGAUUUCAAUCGGAGUCGCAGCCCGUUGACUUCUACUCCAAAGCCAAGAGCGACUACUCUUCGGCCAUUCCGGCUUUGUCCGGCUUGUUGUCGGGGCUCACCUAUUUCGAGGGGAUGCUUGGUCUUCCAGUGUGCUACAUCCUGGAGAACCGUACCAUUGACUUCCAGCAGUAUUCUUGGACCACCUUCUGGCUCGUUCCUGUGGCGGGCUGCUCGCUGCUGAUUUCUCUGGAGGGUGCAGCGCGCUGGGAUUGCCGCUACUUUGUUCCCUUCUCUUCCACCGUAGGCUACUUGGUGGCCACUUUCUUUCGCAUCGUCCUGGUCAAGUCAAAAGUGGGAAAACUCAAGACCUCGAUUGCGGAGCUGGCCCUUUGUGUGGCCAUUCACAUCGUCCUGGUGUCCAUUCCUUUCUUGCUGAUUGAUCAGCGUCCUGCACCGAUCCAGCUUCCCCACACCCUGAAGCAGGAAAUGGAGUCUCACGUGGUGGAGAACACCUCUCAAAGGGAGCUGAAGAGUAAUGGCACAGUUGACCCCAUGGAACUGCGGUGCACCCCCUUAUUGGAGACGGACAGGCAUGAGGAAGCUCAAGGUGGGUCUAUGCUGCAGUCUUUCGAGAGGAUUGCCAUGCUGUUAGUGAGUCCUCCGCACCGAUCUUGGCCGAACUGGGCCUACGAGACCUUCUGCAACUUGGGGCUUUGGGUACCCGCUGUCGUGGUGGCCCUGGGUCUGUUACCUCUGGUGAUCGUCGGGAUCUUGAUUCUCAGACAGGAUCACUCCAAUUGGCCCACGCUGAUCGCCCUGUACUGCGCGGUGAUCACUGGUAGCACCAACCUUCGGACCGCGAUCUUUUCCAGCGUCGCCCGGUGGAGGACACGACUUUGCAUGCAUAGUGAUUUCAUGAAGUUCCUCAAGAACCAGAAAGAGGCGAACGAGGAUGGCAUUGCUGCUUGGCGCCGCGUGGUCCGGCAGCGGAAGCGCUUCGGAGGUGGAAGGAAGGUCAUUAUGCCUGACCCCUGGGAGAGUGCUUCGUCGUCUAGCGAGGACGAAAUGGUGCCAUGGGAGGCAGUGCAGCACUUCGUAGUUGUUGAGACGGGCCUCAGCCAGUCUUGUAAUUCCGACGAGAUUCGCGGUUUGCUACACUCCAUCAGCGCUUCGACGAUGGCUCCCAAACAGAUCAGUGUCUUUUUUUCCGUCAAGGAUGCCAAGCAGGCAGAGGAACUGCAGCUUUCACAACAUUUGCCAGAGUGGAACAAGGAGUUUGCCAUGUUUGCCAAGAAACUGAAGAAUGUUGAGUUACUGAACAUGGAGCCCAAAGUUGGCUCUGCACAUGGGCGGAGCGGUGCCGAAACCUGGAUCGUCUCUCAGCUCCUGGAACGCGCCAAGGGUAUCAAAGCGCAAGACCAUUUGAUUUUGGUGACGCGAACUACCGUGGACAGCUGGUUCCAUCCCGAAUAUUUUCCUGCGGUGACUUUCGCCUUUCUCAACACUGGAGCGAAGCGAAAUCUCACCAUUUAUCAACCUCCAAUCCUUUUCCUCAAGGACUAUUACAGCCAGAGUUGGCUUACUCGCUACGCGUGUCUCUUCUUGGCCCAGUCCUCUUUGGCCAGUCUGACGGAUCCAAUGGGCAUGCCCUUGCCGAAGUCAACCUGCACGAUGGUCAUGGCAUUGAUGAGAAGUAUUGAUCACAGUUGGGAUCCAAACCUCUCCGUCAGGCCGUACAACAUUGGCAUUUGGACCAAAUGUUGGAUUGGUACCAUCGGGCGAAUGAAUCUGCAGCCCAUCUUCUUGCCGGUGUACCGUUCUGGAUGCAAUCCGGUGCUGGACGAUACUUUCACGCGACAACCAAGGCAAAGCUGCAUUUGCAUUGGAGCUCAAAUGCACGGGCCGCUGCGAGCACAAGUGUUGUCCGUGCUGGAGUUGGUCCACAUGUGGACAGCCAUGCCCUUAGCUUGCUGCGGUCGCCGUGAGGGGAGUGAGGGGAUGCUCAAGAAGCGCCGGAUCUUCUCGCUGAUGCUUCGGUCCCUCUUGCCCUUUGGCAGCGUCUUUUGGGCACAUUGGGUUUUAAGCACAUGGUUCCUGGUGGUUUCUCUGAACGCAUUGAGUCUGAUUUUCAGGCUAUACCAUUGGCCGCCAGAGAGAGGUGGCGCCUUCCUGCUUGGUGUUACGGCAGCUGCUUUGAACCUGCCAUUGAUUUCGGUGGUGUCACAUGUGGAUUUGCUGAAGCUCUUCAAGGAUGUGCCCCCAUCAGUCCCAGCUCCGGCGCCAGCCGUCGAAAGGACGCCGGCGACUCAUAGCUCCAACCACGCCACCAGUUUCCGGGCAUCCCGCGAGUCGGGCGAGGGCUCUUUCUGCCAGUACAUUUGCUUGACAGCGUUUCGUUUCGGGUCCUCUCUUCUUCUUUCUGAGCCUCGUGGAGGAGUGCCGUUUGGCUGUGACCCUGACCUUCGCGGAAGAGAGUGGGCCACCCAAGGAGAUCAAAACCUUCAGUUGGCAGCCUAGGAAUGCCGCAGGUCGUGGUCGAGCUUAGUCCUUGGCGAAGGCAUCCGUCAGUGCCGCGAUGAUGCGCGACAGCUGCGGG